AUGGAACCUUACAAGGUAUCGAUCCUAGCGUUGGGUGACGACAAAUGUGGGAAGUCCACGUUCCUGUCGCGCAUCAGAGGGGGAAGCAAUGGCGUAAGGGUCACGAGAUUGAAUAAGGUGCCCAGCAGAGUGAACGAUAAAGAGCAGCCGUUCCUUCAUCACCUUGUACAAGGCCCGUUGCGGUUCCAACUGGAGUUUUCCGACACUGCCAGCCCCCAGGACUGGCGAACUCUCAAGCCUCAGAUCAUCCUGCUCUGCUUUGAUGUAAGCGAGCGCCAGAGUCUCGUGAACAUCAAGGACAUUUGGAUCAAGGAAGUCCGCAAAACGUUCCCGGACGAGAGCAACAUCCCUAUCGUUGUCGUGGGCCUCAAGCGGGACCUGAGGCCCAGGGAUGCAGAUGACACAUUUAUCCCACCCAAUGAGGCUUACCAGGUUGCCCAAGCAGUGAGAGCGGAUCGGUAUAUUGAAUGCUCUGCCCUCAAUGGUGACCUCCUGGAUAUAGCAUACGAGGAUCUCCUUGAUGUAGUUGCUCAGACAGCUUCUGAAGAGGGCGGCCAGAGUAGCGGAGGGUGUGCUGUGAUGUGA